CAGUCACACUCACUCAGCGGUGGUCGCAUGUGUGAAAGGCAGAAGAGAUGGAUGAUAUCGAUGCUAUGUUCAGUGACCUGCUGGGAGAGAUGGAUCAUCUCUCUCAGAGUCUAUCAGAAGCCACAGUUUCAUCAGGAGUGGACGCGACUCUGCAAGAAAGCUCCUUCUCCAUCGGCUUCGACAACCUGAACGAGUCUCUGAAUGAGCUGGAGGACCAUGAUCUGGAUGCUCUGGUGGCCGAUCUGGAGUCAAAGUCCGCUGAUGAACAAUCUCCCACACGCAACGACAACAGCAACCCCACAGGAAAUGAAACCUCACCACUUGCCGUUUAUCAAGAGUCCGAGCCUGUGGUAACCUUUCCUGUGGUCACCAAUCAGUCAUCCAGAGGUGUGAAAAUGAACGAACCCCAAACGAAAGCGGAUAAAAUUAAAGCGGCUCUGGAUAAACUGAAAGAAGCCAAAGUGAGGAAGUUGAUUAUAAAGGUGCUGAUGAGUGACAACAGCUCUAAGACGCUGAUGGUGGACGAGAGGCAGACAGUCAGGGAUGUUUUGGACACUUUGUUUGAGAAGACACACUGUGAGAGCAGCAUUGAAUGGAGCCUGUGUGAGACCAAUCCAGACCUGCAGAUUGAUAGGGCCUUUGAGGAUCACGAGUGUCUCGUGGAACCGCUGUCUGCUUGGAGUCGGCACAGCGAAAACAAACUCUACUUCUUGUCAUCGCCUCAGAAGUACAUGAUGUUCACAGAGCCUCAGAUUUUUUACAUGUGGAAGAAGAAGAAAUCUGGCAGCGAUAUAAAUAGCCAGGCCAAAGAGCUUCUUAUCAAGGAGCAUUUUGGAGGUUCUACUACUAUUGUCCCUAAUCUCGAGGGGGUGUUACACCUAAAAGAGGAUGGGAAGAAGGUUUGGAAACCUCGCUACUUCAUGCUUAGGGCCUCUGGGAUCUAUUAUGUCCCCAAAGGAAAAACAAAGUCUUCCACCGAUCUCGCCUGUUUUGUUCGCUUCGAAAAAGUCAACGUCUACACCGCCAGCAACUACAAACAGAAAUACCGAGCUCCCACAGACUUCUGUUUCCUGUUAAAGCAUCCCUGCAUCCAGAAGGAGUCUCCCUACAUCAAGAUCCUGUGCUGCGAAGACAAACACACACUUCUGCUUUGGGUCAACUCCAUCAGAAUAGCAAAGUACGGUGCUGAGCUGUACAAGAACUACCAAGCUGCGGUGACCAGAGCAUCCGCUCUGCAGAUUCCCUACUCGGCAGCAAACAAAGAGAAAUCCAACAGUGCUACCUCCCUGGAAAGCCCGUACCCAAGUUCAUGAGCCAAAUUCACUGAAGCUAAAUCAUCACCUGAGACUUGACAUCUUCAAUCCUCCUUCUGGACAAAAAUAUCUUUGAAACAAACAAGAACUUCCCUCAGCACAGCACCUUGCCUGGAGUUUGCAUAUUUGUGGCAGGAGGAUGUCCAAAAUCACUUAUUGUCCCUGGGGCCACACUUUGGACAUCCCUGACCUCAAAUAAACACAUUUUUAUUUGCAGUGGCAUGACCUUGUACUGUAAGGUGCGAGGUCAUGCCCGUACCUCAUAGUAUAAGCAUGACCUUGUACUAUAGGUCAUGGUUGUACAAAGUCAGAGAGGAAUUCUGUGUUGAUCCCAUUUGUGUUCUUGAGAAAUCUUCUCUUUUCCUGUUGGAGCUCAUUUAACACAAAGGAUCCGUUUGGAAGCACUUUGACUCCAUCCAGUGAUCGCCGUGUGAAUGACAUGUACUUGUAAAUGCAAUUUAUAAUUUUCUUAUAAUAAAAAUGUAAAAUUCAGGCAGUAAGGGGUUAGGAAACAAUGACCCGGGACUCUGGGUGAGUUAGAUAAAUAAAUAAUAAGUAUAAUAAGUGCAAUCUUGGGAGUCCUGCUGUGGACAUUUGUCCUACUCCCCCUUUCCAACAAGACAUCACAUCGUCGCUGAGGUUGGACCAUAAAGAGACUCUUUGUACAAACUGAACGUUUUGCCAAGGUGGCCAAAAAUGUAAAGCUGAAAGUAUUUUAUGGGCCAUAACGUUUUAUCUUAUUUUAUAGUUUUUAUUAAAGCUGAUUUAAAGAUG